AUGAUCAUAUUAUACUUUCAAGUGGAAAUUACGCGUUUAGAAGACAGUUAUCGAAAACUAGAAUACAAAUUGGCUCAAAGUCAAUCAAGUUCACGUCAGUUUUUGCCGAAGACACUCGAGAAAGAUGACGAAGAUUUGGUGGUAAUUUACAAUCGUGUACCUAAGACAGGCUCCACUAGUUUUGUGGGUGUUGCUUAUGAUUUAUGUAAGAAGAAUCAUUUCAAAGUGUUACAUAUCAACAUAACAGCUAACAUGCAUGUGAUGUCAUUAAGUAAUCAGUACAAGUUCGCCCAAAAUGUGACAAAAUGGCAGGAAAUGAAACCAGCUCUCUAUCAUGGGCAUAUGGCAUUUCUUAACUUUGAAAGAUUGGGUACAUCUUUUAAACCUUUGUUUAUAAAUUUGAUUAGAAAGCCAUUAGACAGGCUUGUUUCGUACUAUUAUUUCUUACGAAAUGGAGAUAAUUUUCGACCCCAUUUAGUUCGUAAGAAGCAUGGUGAUAAAAUGACAUUUGAUGAAUGUGUGGAAAAGAGUCAACCAGAUUGCGACCCUACCUCUAUGUGGCUUCAAGUACCUUUUUUCUGUGGCCAUUCAGCACAAUGUUGGAAACCAGGCAAUCAGUGGGCUUUGGAACAAGCUAAGCACAAUCUUGUAAACCACUACCUUGUAGUGGGUGUUACUGAGGAAAUGCUUGACUUCAUAUCAGUGCUCGAAGCCGUAUUGCCCCGUCUGUUCAGGGGCGCCACCGAACACUACCUGAACAGUAACAAGUCGCACUUAAGACAGACGAGUUCUAAAAUCGAUCCGGCGCCAAGGACCAUUGAAAUAAUUGAGCAAUCGACCAUAUGGAAGAUGGAGAACGAAUUGUACGAGUUUGCGCUGGAACAUUUCAAAUUUGUCAAGAGGAAAGUGCUGAAGGAAGCUUUAAGUGUACCGCAAACAUUCUUCUAUGAGAAGAUCCGACCAAAAGGAGCG